AUGCAUCUGCUGGUAUUGCUGGUGACGUGGGCGUGUCUCGUAUGCCAAGUGUUCUGUGACGAUGUCUCGGACUUUUUGACAAAAAUACCAGACUGCGCUGGGAGCUGUCUCGUCGAGCUUGUAUCAACGUCGACUUGUGGCAUUGACGUACAAUGUCUUUGCGCCGACCCGAAACUCAAGACGCAGGUUUUGAGCUGUGUUCAAAAGAAAUGCCUCCCGAGAGACGCAUUAGCAACGCUGAAUGUCACCUCAGUUGCGUGUGAUUUUCCAGUGCGAGACAGACACGCACAAUUCGAUAUUUUGGCCAUAACAUUGAUUGCAAUCACGGCGAUUGUGGUUGGUCUUCGGCUUUGGCACAAGGUGCGAUACGAGAGGAAGUUCAGACUGGAUGAUUAUAUCGUCGUGGCGGUCUUUCUACUUGAUUUGGGAAACACGAUUGUUUGUGUUCAUGGCCUUUCGGGCAAUGGUCUCGGGAGAGAUGCAUGGCUCUUCAGCCCAGAUACAAUCAACAGCUAUCUCUGCUACCUCUACGUUGGACAAACCCUCUACGCUUCCGAUGUCUUCCUAACCAAAAUUUGCGUCGCCCUCUUCUAUCUCCGAAUCUUCCCCGUCGUAUCCGUCCAACGUCUUAUAUGGGGUACCAUCGUUUUUUCGGUCCUAGGCAUGAUCAUCUUUGACAUCCUUGCUAUUGCACAAUGUCAGCCGAUCAGCUUCUACUGGACAGGAUGGGAUAAGUUACACGAGGGACACUGUCUUGGAGUUCAGCCAUUAGCUUGGGCCAUCGCCGCCGUCGGUAUCAUCCUGGACGUUUGGAUGUUGGCCAUUCCCAUCUGGCAGCUGGUGCAAUUGCAGAUGAAGUGGCAAAGGAAGCUCGCUGUAGCUAUCAUGUUUACGGUCGGAACUUUUGUCACCAUCGUCAGUAUUCUUCGUCUGCGGUACUUGGUUGCUUUCGGAAACUCUCAGAAUCCAACCUGGGACAGUUUCGAGACCUGUUACUGGUCCGUUAUUGAGAUCAACGUUGGUCUCUGGUGUGUCUGCCUUCCAGACCUCCGAAUGCUUAUCCUCAAGGCAUUCCCGAGACUUGGAAGUUCUAUUGAAUCAGGUCCUAGAAAUCCCCACCAAGGAUCGUCGGCACCCAGGCAGCAGGGUAGAACUCCAAAUUCCUCCCGUCAUACGGAGAGUACAAUUUACAAGGGGAAGCCAAUUCAGGCGCAACAAGAAGCUUCGUCGAGCACGGCUGAGCUGGUCGAGAUGACAACCUUCAUGAAUGAUAGUAGGAGUGCCGAGUUGCAAAAGGCACUGGCUGAGGUCGAAGCCGAUAUUGCGUUGCUCUCAGUUGCACCUGGAGAGAAUAUAAAGGGCAGCAAGCCUCCAGCUGACUUGAACUCUUCGAACGAACUCAGUGGCGGAAAGCUCCAACCUCGACCAUCCAAGGCAUCUGUCCUCUUUGCUCAAGAAGAGGCCCCUGGCUAUUACAAGCUUGACCCAAGAUUUCAAGAGGACAAAUGGAUUCGUCCCAAGCCCCGGGGUUCCUCUUGUUUCUCGAGUGAAAUUGUCCAGUGGGCCGCAAUACAAAUAGAAGACGACCACGACGGAGUAGAAUACUCAUUACUCACCCUUCGACAUCAUAAAGCUUCCAAAUGUAUUGCCGGCGAAGCCUGUGGAACUGGCCACUGGGAGCUCAUCUAUGAUGGAGUUACCACAAGACUGAAGGGUUGCAUCGAUUUGCAGCUGGUAUGCAUGCGUACCAAGCAUGUGGAGCGAGAUAUGAGUAUCUGUAGGUCCGAUGACUUCCAUGAGUACAAGGAUCGAAUUACUAUUCUGUCGUGUAAACUAUUCAACGCGCUCUUGCCUGACUUCAGCAGUGUCGCAAGAGCAGGCUACCAAAUGGUAAUUUUUCGACUUGUUGAAAGCUCGGAGGAUGAGAGUGUCCUUCCUUCUCUCGCAACAUGGAUGGACAGCCAUGGACGCCUGCUUAGAGAUAUGGAUUAUCCUGAUUGGGCGUGA